GCCACUGACCGUUAGUAACGUGGCGAACCGAAUAUAAAUUCGAAUAAUUCUUUAUCACUUUAAAAUAUACGAGUACUGUACGAUAUUAAAGAGAAAGUGUUUUGUGUUUAGGCGCGAAAUUGCGCCAUAGAGAAGUGGCAGUGAAAUUUAUUUUUAAUUGUACAAUUUUCGUGUAUGUGAUUUGUUACAUUUGAUUUACAAGUGAUUGUUGGAUCUUUAUAACUAUUUAAAAAGACACCAUGUCGACUUCAAAUAAACUGCAAUCGGAGAGAGUGAAACAAAUGUUCAGUUGGACAACGGGAGAAACCUCGCCUCCGUCGCCAAUGGGCGACGAGAAGGAGUCCAAGAUGAGCCAGAUACAGUUCUCACCACCAUUAGACAAACAAGAAAGCACGGUAUGGCAGAAACGUCAACAGGCUGUGUGCGUCCGGCACGCGUUCAAGCACUACGGCUCAAAUAAACGGCCCAACCACGUACUUAGCAACCUCAACAUGACCGUCGCUAAAGGCACCAUUUACGGACUACUGGGUGCUUCGGGUUGCGGCAAGACCACACUGCUCUCGUGUAUUGUGGGCAGACGCAAGCUGAACAGCGGAGAGAUAUGGGUGCUGGGAGGCAAACCAGGCACCAAAGGUUCGGGAGUACCAGGGAAACGUGUCGGUUACAUGCCUCAAGAGAUCGCGUUAUACGGAGAGUUCACUAUCAAAGAGACAAUGAUGUAUUUCGGAUGGAUCUUUGGUAUGGAAACGCGUGAGAUCUCUGAACGAUUGCGGUUCCUGUUGGACUUCCUAGAUCUGCCUAGCGAGAGCCGUAUGGUUAAGAACUUAAGUGGUGGUCAACAGCGGCGUGUGUCAUUCGCGGUGGCAUUAAUGCACGAUCCGGAACUGCUGAUCCUGGACGAGCCGACUGUGGGGGUUGACCCGCUGCUGCGUCAGUCCAUCUGGACACAUCUCGUUCAGAUCACCAGCUCGGGUGACAAGACUGUUAUCAUCACAACUCAUUAUAUUGAAGAGGCGAGACAAGCACACUGUAUCGGUCUUAUGCGUAGCGGUAGACUACUCGCCGAAGAGUCACCGCAAGCUCUCCUCACGAUGUACAGCUGUAUCUCUCUUGAAGACGUCUUCCUUAAGCUCUCUAGAAAACAGGGUCAAGCCAACCAAGUUGUGGAGCUGAAUGUAUCAGGUGGGGCGUUGGGUCUGAACAAGAUGUGCAAGCGUGAGGAGGCGCCUUACGCAGCGGAGGAUGCUCAGGUGGUCGGCCUCAACUUCCACCAGAGCAAAGAAGUACUUAUUGUUGAUAAUGGCGCAGGUUCUAACGGAGAUAUUCCCGGCAAAAUGACUGAAGUAGUGACAACUGAGUGCGAGGAGUGUGGUGAUUGCUUAAAUUUAACAUCUCGCGGCAAGAUCAAGGCUCUGAUCCAGAAGAACUUCCUGCGAAUGUGGCGCAACAUCGGCGUGAUGCUGUUCAUCUUCGCGCUGCCGGUGAUGCAGGUCAUCCUCUUCUGUCUCGCCAUCGGACGCGAUCCCAGCGGACUCAAGAUUGCGAUAGUUAACGACGAUGUGAACGUGAUAGACGGCUACUGUCCGUACAACUCGUCGUGUUCAAUGAAGAACCUGUCGUGCCGGUACCUGGACCACCUGAAGAACCAGUCCAUCAUCAAGCAGUACUACUUCGACGUGCAGUCAGCGAUACAGGCGGUGAAGGACGGCGACGCUUGGGGAGCUAUCUACUUCAAUGAGAAUUAUACUGACGCUCUCGUCGCUAGACUUGCUCUAGCGGACACAGCAGACAACGACACGAUCGUGUCCUCGGAGGUGCAAGUGUGGCUCGACAUGUCCAACCAACAGAUCGGACUCAUGCUCAACAGAGACAUACAGUUCUCGUACAGGGACUUCGCUAAGGACCUCCUGGAAACAUGUAACUACAACCCGAAAGUUGGCGACAUUCCGAUAGACUUCAAGGACCCAAUCUACGGAGACAUAAACCCCUCGUUCACUGACUUCGUUGCUCCCGGAGUUAUUCUUACCAUCGUGUUCUUCCUGGCGGUGGCGCUGACGUCCUCCGCGCUGAUAGUGGAGCGCAUGGAAGGUCUGCUGGACAGGUCCUGGGUGGCCGGCGUCUCCCCCGGGGAGAUCCUCUUCUCCCACGUGGUGACGCAGUUCGUGGUGAUGUGCGGUCAGACCGCGCUCGUCCUCGUCUUCAUGAUCCUCGUCUUCGGCGUCAAGUGCAACGGAAACAUCGCAUAUGUCAUCAUGCUCACUCUCUUGCAAGGUCUCUGCGGCAUGUGCUUCGGUUUCGUGAUAUCAGCCGCGUGCGAGUUGGAGAGGAACGCCAUACAACUGGCGCUGGGCUCCUUCUACCCCACCUUACUGCUGAGUGGUGUCAUCUGGCCCAUAGAGGGCAUGCCCUGGGCCUUGCGAUACAUCGCACUCUGUCUCCCUCUCACCCUCGCCACCACCUCGCUCCGCUCGGUCCUCACCAGAGGCUGGCCUCUACAGGAUCCUGAUGUCUACAUGGGAUUCGUGGCUACUUUGGCCUGGAUAGCUUUAUUCCUGGUUGUCACUCUCACCAUAUUACGUUUCAAACGAGGUUAAAUCGCUUAGAAAAGGAUGGAGAAAUGCGCAUUAUAUCUGUCUCCCUCUCACUCAUACACUUUUUUGUUCGUCAAAGAUAAUGACAAUAAGAUUUAAUAACUUUAAACAUUUUGACAUCUCUAUUUGUAUUCAAUACAAUAUAGUAUAGAGAGAAAUAUUUUUAAUCUCCGUCCGUUAACCUAUUUUUUAGGUUAUGUUAGGUCGUUGAGUAAUCUGUUUUUUUGUAUCACAAAGCUCUCUUCUACAGGAUUUUAUUUAUUUUUUUAUUAAAACACUCAUUUUUAAUUUUAUAAUCUGGUAGAAAAUAUAACAGAUUAUACGCAACGACCUUGAGACAGAUAUUAAAAAAGUAUGUUAGCAUAUGAAACUUUAUUGCUCAAAUCAUUAGAACAGAAUACGGGCUUAAUUCUUACAAUGAAAUAACUAGAUCUAAUAUUAAUACAAUGCACAAUAUUAAAUAAUAAUAAAAACAUCACAAAUGCAAAAAAAAAAACAAAGUUUUUUUUACAAUUAUUGAAAAAAUAAAGUAAAUCUUUUACUUUUAUAAUAAUCAUCACAAUUGGCUUGUGUUAGAUGAACAAGAAUAAAAUUGAAUUUCUGAUCAUUAUCUCUGUUAGAAAGUUGAUAAAAAAAAAAA